GCCUAAAGUUUUUAAGUCUUUAACUUGAAGAGCAAAUUGUAUUACACGGAAAUUAUGAUUUAUUUUCAUUUCAAUAAGUUUUUACAUCAUUCAGUAGCAUCCAUUUGGAAAAUAUCCUUAAUUAAAUCAUCUAGUUUCACAAAAAAUAUAAAUAAUAAAUUUCAUUUAUCAAAAAAAUACCAAAGCCAAGGCAAAAAUGUUUGGUUGGAGUACAGCAAUCUAGAUGCAGAAUAUAAACCAGUAAAUCUUGGUCCAGGCGUUCCAGAUUUUGCACCCUGUGAUUUUAUUACAAAUGCAUUAAAGGAUGUUGCAUGUGGUGAAAAUAAAUUUCAUCAAUAUGCUCGUGAAUAUGGACAUCUAAAUUUAGUAAAAAUACUAACAAAAUUGUAUACACGAUUAAUUGGACAUCAAAUUGAUCUAAAUAAUGAAAUAGUUAUCACGGUUGGUGCGUAUGAAGCGUUACAUGCAGCAAUUUUGGGACAUGUUCAUAAGAACGAUGAAGUUAUUAUUAUUGAACCAUUUUUUGAUUGUUAUGCACCAAUGGUACGCUUAGCUGGUGGCAUACCAAAAUUUAUACCACUUAAACCAACUAAAACUUCAGGUAUAAUUCAUGGAUCAGAUUGGGUAUUGGAUAAUAAUGAAUUAGAAAGUUUAUUUAAUGAAAAAACUAAAAUGAUAAUUCUAAAUACACCUCAUAAUCCCAUGGGAAAAGUUUUCACAAUAAACGAACUUCAAGUAAUUGCUGAUCUAUGUCAAAAAUGGAAUGUUUUAUGUUUAUCAGAUGAAGUUUAUGAGUGGUUAAUUUACGAACCAUAUAAACAUGUACGAAUCGCCUCACUACCAGGUAUGUGGGAACAUACUCUAACAAUAGGCUCAGCGGGGAAAACUUUUGGUGUUACGGGCUGGCGUAUUGGAUGGGUUUAUGGACCCGCAAAUUUAAUGUCGAAUUUACGAGCUGUUCAUCAACAAUGUGUCUUUCAGAACAACACUCCAUGCCAGGAAGCUGUAGCACGAGUUUUAGAAACAGAAUGUAAUCGAUUUGGUUCAAAAGACAGUUAUUUUGUUACAAUGCCACAACAAUUUAAGGAAAAACGGGAUUAUUUUAUAAAAGUCUUAUCCGAUAUCGGAAUGAUUCCAACUGUUCCAGAUGGUGGAUAUUCCAUUAUAGCUGAUUGGAGUCCUUUGGAGUCCCAAAUUGAUUUAACCAGUGAAAAAGACACGUAUAAAGAUUAUCGAUUUACAAAAUGGAUGGUGAAACAUGUUAAGCUAUUAGGUAUUCCACCUUCAGCAUUUUAUAGUACAGAACACAAAUCCAUGGCUGGUAAUUACAUAAGGUUUUGCUUUAUCAAAAAACCAGAAACACUAAUUGAUGCUGGUGAAAUGUUGAAGGCAUGGAGUCUAAAUUUAUCCCCUAUACAAAUUUCAAGGCAUAAUUGACAUUUUGCUGCCAACAUGUAGUUGGCAGCUUACCGUAAAAAUGUUGACACGUCCGAUAAAAGCAAACAAUUUUUGCCAGGCACUGGUCAGGUACUAAAAUCCAAUAUGGCAGACAUAAAAAUUUAAAAAAAAAAAAAUGAAAGCAGAGUAAAAGAAAAUGGAAGAUUCAGCCGUCUUAAAGACUUUCAUAUCAAUUUGGAAAAGUUCAUCAGAUUGGCAAUCACAAUGAUUUUCGAUCAUGAUUGGGCAUGUAUAUAUAUCAGCCUUUAAAAACAUAAAUAAG